AAGCGAGCGCUUUGCUGUCGCCUCGAGACCAUCGACCAAUGAGGAUCCCGGGAGCGCGCGCGGAUGAACGGGUUUGUUGUUGUUUGUUGUCUCGGUUUGUUGGACCUUAAAUCUCCACGUUUGGAUCUUCAACUCGUUCGGAAUGAGUUUGUCUUUGAGAGCCGAUCUGGCCGACAAAAACAAGCGAAAGAAAAGGCGGGAGCUCACCGAGGAGCAGAAAGACGAGAUCAAGGAGGCCUUCGACCUGUUUGACACGGACAAAGACCGACAGAUCGACUAUCACGAGCUGAAGGUGGCGAUGCGCGCCCUCGGCUUUGAAGUGAAGAAGAUGGAGGUCCUGAAGAUCCUGAAGGACUACGACAGAGACGGGAAGGGAAAGAUCACCUUUGAGGACUUCAAUGAAGUCGUGACGGACCGCAUCCUGGAGCGGGACCCGAAGGAGGAGAUCCUGAAGGCCUUCAAGCUGUUCGACGACGACGAGUCCGGGAAGAUCAGCCUGAGGAACCUGCGGAGGGUCGCCCGGGAGCUCGGCGAGGACAUCAACGACGAGGAGCUGCGCAGCAUGAUCGACGAGUUCGACACCGACGGAGACGGAGAGAUAAACCAGGAGGAGUUCCUCGCCAUCAUGAGCGCAGACGCCUGAGAGGGAUUCUGGAGCAGCUUCAGAACCGGACCCAGAUGUUUCUUCAUGGAGGCGGCGGACGCUCCUGCAGACCCUGCAAGUCUGAAUCCUGCUGGACAUCAGGAGACUUCGUCUUUCGCUGCGUUCAAACAGUAAAUGCGUUCCUGACUUGGUGAGAAGAUCAACUCAGAUUGAAGUCAAUCUAAACGUUUGAACUCUGUUUGUGAGUGCUUGACUGUCUUAUUUAUUUUUUAUAAAAUAAACAGUUUUUUCCAACAUGA